UUAAAGUAAGGUGAACGACACCAGAGCUGCUGCCGUAUGUAUACCAUGUGGGCAGUUGGCGAUGCUUAGCCAGUUGGACUAUUCUAAUGCCAUUCCCCGUACAAAGACGUGUAAUCAGCUGGGCGUUGACGGGAUUGAAUCAAAGCAAGCAAGGAAGGAAGGCCGCUAGCAAGCUCUGGUCUGUUGGCCUCGCUCGCUCAACGAUCCUCCGAUCUAACUUGCCGAGCGUUGCUGUGCGGGAGUAUCGAUCGAUCGAUCGCUUCAUCGGCCGAUAGAGUGAUUGCAAAUGGACCUCGAAGCUAGCGGUAGGCACGGCGUCCUGGAGCUAAUAUUGUCUGAUGAAAACGCAGGGCCAAUGCAACUGCCGUUCUCUCUUUUAAAAGACAUCACAAAUCAUUUCUCUCCUGCUCACGAAAUUGGUAGGGGUGGAUUUGCGGUGGUUUAUAAGGGAAUUGUUGGAAAAAAGAAGGUCGCUGUGAAGAAGUUGACCAGAACACAUGAUCUGCAUGAGAGUAAAUUCCAGAAAGAGAUUGAGUGCUUGGUGAAGGCCAAGCACGAGAACAUAGUACGUUUUCUCGGGUAUUGUAUUGAGACAAAAGGAGAAAUUGCCGACUGCGGCGGGAAGUUUGUCUUAGCAGAUGUACGCAACUGGUUGCUCUGUUUUGAGUACCUACGCAAAGGGAGCCUCGACAAGUAUAUCACAGAUGCAUGUAGUGGACUUAAAUGGACAAAGAGAUUUCGAAUAAUCAAAGGAAUAUGUGAAGGCUUACACUAUCUUCACAAGAACGGUAUUCUUCAUUUGGACCUCAAGCCCGCUAAUAUAUUGCUAGACGGUCAUAUGGUACCCAAAAUUGCUGAUUUUGGUCUCUCCGAGUGUCUCGAUGAGAAGAGGACUCAUGCUACUACCACUGUACACAUGUUUGGAACACCGGGAUAUAUGGCUCCAGAAAUAUUAUACGGAAGAAAAAUCACGUUCGCAACAGAUAUAUAUAGUCUUGGCGUUAUAAUUAUGGAGAUAAUAACAGGAGAUAAGGAAUGUCCUGAGGACGAGAAUGUGACCUCAACUUGGAUAAGUCGAUUAGAGGGGGACAACCAGUUAGAACAAGUAAGGGUAUGCACUAAGAUUGGGAAAGAGUGCAUGGAAGUUGACCCAGACAAAAGACCAGUUGCACGGCGUAUAAUUGACAUGCUUGGUGAAAUAGCAAGUGUUGAUAUAACCACCACUAGUAGUUCAUUAGUUGGGUCGCAGGCUAGUUUACUCGGCAAACGACUGUCUCUUGCUGAGAGCCUGAAACUGCAGGAGGAUAUCGAGGAGCGUCCUGCUGAAACUUAUCAUGUUGCAGAACGUCUUGAGAAUGAUCACUCGGAAGAAGGUGAAGCAAAUGCAGAUCAUUGGUCAUCGUGGCAAGAGCACCUUGACUGCAAAGUAGCAAGCAAUUUGAGCUCCAACUCUAGGGUGUUGGACAAGCUCAAUAUUUUUAACAUCUUCCAAGGUACUGCACAAAGGAAUUUUGUGAGGAAUGGAGGACUAUUACUAAAGAAUGUGAGAGGCUUGAGGUUUUUCACACAGAAGGAAAUAGAACAAAUCACACGAAAUAAUUCAGAGUUUCUUGCUCAAGGUGAAUCAUGUAGAGUAUAUAAAGGAAUUCUUCAUGACUUCUACGAUACCACGGUGGCAGUUAAGUUCAUACCUACAAGGGUAGCUAAAAAUAAAAAGGAUUUUGUCGAAAAAGUUAAGAUGCAGACACAACUGUUCCACAAGAACAUUGUCAAGCUCGUUGGUUGCUGCCUGGAAGCUGAAUUGCCAAUAGCGGUUAAUGAGUAUGCUGCUAACGGGAGCCUUGAGGACAUUCUUCAUGGCUACAGAAGAAAAAUGCUCCCCCUAGACCUGCGUUUGAAGAUUGCAUUUGGAUCUGCAGAAGGGUUAAGACAAAUGCACGCUGAAAACAUGAAGCACGGUUAUUUUAAAGCAGAGUACAUACUUCUUGCUGAAAAUUUUACCCCAAAAAUCACCGGCUUUUUUCCGUUAUUUGGCAGGUAUGGAUACUUAGCCCAAACUGAUAAAUGUUUGGUUUACAAAGAUCCAGCGCAGUCCUCUUUACAGAAUGAUGUGUAUAGCUUCGGUGUGGUUCUCCUGGAACUCAUUACCAGAAAGAAACCUGUAUAUGGUGAAUCUGGUAGCCUCACCAUCGAGUACCGCAGAUGUUAUGAAAUGGAAAAGAGUGGGAGAGCAAUGUUCGACAAGGAGAUCACAUCAGAAGAUCAGAUCAUGGUCCUUGAAGAGAUAGGCAAGCUGGCAAUUGAAUGCCUGAUUGUAGAUCGUAAUCGUAUAGAACAACGGCCGGAUGUGGCAGAGGUGGUGGGGCGACUUGGGAUGCUUAGGAGAGAUAGAGGACAUGCAUGGUAAAGGCAGACAAUACAUUUAGUAAGUUAACCUUGGGAAGCAUUUCCGUGGUCAAAUAGCUACUUCUGUAAAGUUCGUUUUUGGCUGAAUGCUUAAGAUAACUUGUUGGCAGAAGGCAAAACAUAUAUUUUUUAAUUUUGAUUUUUUGCUAGUAGUAUUUGUUGCAGCUGGAACGCCUUGCAGGAAACUAUUAGUGGACCGUAAAUCCACUUAAUUUGUA